CAAAGUUCUAAUUAGAAGACGCGGGCGUCUCUUGAUUGGUAUCCUUAAGCAGCGCUGGAGGCCCUCUUAGGCUGGUCCUUGGAGCUUGUCAUCUCCCAAAAGUUAUGAUCUUGCUGCUUCCUCAAGGCCUGGCGAUAUCUGUCUUCCUUCAUGCACUCCUAGGUCGUGCGGAGGGUAACCGAAGCUUUUCCUGGGGUAUAACGAAUCACGAAUCCGAACGAGUGGACAGUCUGACCGUCUGUGAUGACCUGUACAUAUCGCUUCCUUCGUUAUUGGACGACUAUAGCGAUGUCGGACAGGCUCCGUACACCCUUCUUGCCUUUGAAGCGGGUGGGGCGCUGACUGCUACACAAAUUCACGAAGAUGGUUUGUGGCAGGUGACACACCCAGCAGGAUCUCAAUUACUCCUCGCUCUUGUUGACUCCUUGGGGAACUCAGGUGGGGUCCUCCCUACAGUCUUCACGGUUACAUCAGGACUCUCGAACUGUCUUCCCACAUCGGUGGUUACUCCGACGGUCACAACGAAUGCCACUCAUAUUGAGCCUUGCGAUUCCUGGCAUUUGUCCAUCUCAGGCGGAGUCCCACCGUACACUAUUAUACUCGCAUCGCCCGGAGCCCCCUUUCUGCAGGAAUUCACUGUGCCACAAGAAUCCAGCGUUUCGUUUAUUAAUAGCGGCAUAGCACUAAGAGGACCUACCAUAGCUGCCGUGCGUGAUUCGUCUGGUGUAUUUGGACGUACGACCGACCUUGUAGAAGUCAUCGAUGCUAGUGGAGUGUCUUGUGAUGUUGGGAAUCGGGAGGAACGGGUGGGGAGAACGAUCCUUACAGCACGAUCAAGUGGCGGUGUAAAGAUAAGCCAUCAAGACACGAUCAUCGUUGCUGUGUGCGCAUCAGUUGGUGGGACUAUGAUCCUUGCUACUCUGUGCUUUGCUGUGGUAAGGUUCCGACGCAGGAAGCGAGGUUUGAUUGCAGGGCAAGAUGCACGGCCCCGGCCGUUUGCGGACGCCAAUCCCGCACCACGGGUGAAUCCUUUGUCUGUCAUAGACAUAUCCUGGCGGAAUAACUCGGUGGCGUCUCCAACCGAGGCAUCCUUCACACGUUCGCCCGUCGGUCCAAAUUCUUCAUCACAUAUCCAUAUGCGCCCGUUGCCUAUCCCAACUGCCUCCCGCCAGCCAUCCAAUACAUCUUUGCGUUCUCCCGAAGAUUCCCGUUCACGACCUCCACGCAGGCCAUCCAACUCGUCCAUGCACAUUGCCCAAUCUCCCCUCGCGGGGCCCUCCUCGCGAAUCCCCCGCCAGCAGCAGUCAAACUCUUCCAUACGCUCUGCUAAUAAUAAUCACCCUACAAAUACUACACAGCGCUCUGGCACUGCACAGGAAGCCAAACGAUCCAAUCCCCGCUCUCCCUCUGAGGGGCACGAACGCAUACUCCAUCCUUCGCGUUCGACAGGGGACAUUCCUCGUGACAGUACGCCACCACCUCCCCACAGGCAACACGAAACAAUUCCCCGUUCGACAUCAGACGUGCGCCACACGAACCACCUGCGGCAUUACUACUCUGCAUCAAACGUCUCUCAUGCAGAUCGUGUAGCGCCGGAGCCAGCUUACCAACAUCGUGAUGGAGGGGAUCCACCGCCGCCGUACCAUAAGCUCGAACCAGACAGGUAGCAUAUGGAGAUGACAAUAGAGAUACAUUAAUUUCAUCAUUGGCCAUGGGCAUCGUGCUAAGACCAUACGUUCUUUGGCUUCUAGACUCUCAAGAGUUUCGUCCUG